AUGAACCACGCUCUUGAACGUGAGCUUAAGCAGCUGGAAGACGAUGUCAUCCGAUUCAAGAUCCAAGAACAAGUUUGCGAAAGGGCUACCGCGCAGUACGCAAUAACCAGAAAUAAUCUGGCUGCGGACCUGAAAAAAAUCAAGGAUAUCGCUUUGGAACUAGCCACGGCGGAACGGAAGUACGAAGAGCAUGAUGCCGAAGUAAAGCAAUUAAACGAAAGGAUAACUUACUUGAAGGAAUGGAAUCGCGAGAUUUGCCGGAGGGAGAGAGAAAAUGCAGGCCAGAUCGAAGAGUGGCAGCAAGAGCGCGAUAGAAAAUUCACAAUUCUGAGAGAUUUGGAAGCCAAGCUAAGUCGCGAUGAUAGAGAGUGUGGAGACCUUCGAUCCAAGCUCCAAGAGCCAGAAGAAGCCUUGCAAGUGGCGCAGAUGUCUGGCGGAGCCCCAGUGGUGAUUAAAGCUUUGCGGGCCCAGGUCAAUGAGAUUGUCGAAAGCCUAUCGCGUCUGGAAAGAGAGCGUCGAGUCAACGAACGGAGCCUGGAGAGCUGUCGAAAGGAAUUUGAAAACCUCGAGACAAAGAUCGCGGACGCGCACACCGGCCAAACCAAGGAAAAGAAUGAUAUAAGAAAUGAAUUGGCCAAGAAGAGGGAAGAUGUGGAGGAAGCAGGAGCUCUGUUGCAGGAAAGCAAAACUGAUCGAGACGACCUGCGAUCGAAGAUGGACCGGGAAGUAUCACGCAUCAUGGAUGCCGAUUCAGAAGGCUAUCUCAAGAUGCUAGAGGACCAGCGCAAAGCGGCCGCCCACCAGAGGCAGCUGAAAGAAGAGAGGCUGAUUCAUAAGAAAGAAGAAUUCCGGAUAUCCUGGAGGAAAGUGGUCGAUGGGGAUGACAAACGAAGGAAAAAGGCGGCAGACCUAUUCACGGCUUUGAGAAAAUGUAACCAUGCUCCAGCACAACAGGUCGAUCAGAGGGGAUACGUACAAACAACGCCCAAACAACGGUUGAAGAACUUGGAGCUGAAAUUGGACACGAUAAUCGGCGACUUUCAGCAACUGAUGAAUGAAUGGCCAACGAGUUAA